AUGUGCUCUCACCGAAAUCGAACAUUCGCGUGAAUUUAUUUUUUUUGAGUGACUAUGGCCAGAUUUGUAGUGAAGUGAUUUUUGGGAAAACUAAUUCGAUGAAUUGAAAUCGAUUUAUUGGCGGAAUGUGUAGAAAUCGUUUCGCACGAACGAUUCGGCACAAGAAUAUCAUGGAGAAGUAACUUUGCAGUGGGUAACUUUGUCAAUUUCAGGCACCACUGGUUGUUGUUUUAUGGUGGUUGCACUGGUGGUCGAAUGGGAUCUUAAACCUAUUAUGAAGUAGAAUAUAGAAACAUACAUAAAGUGAAGUGUCAAAAAUGAAUUCUCGGGACUAUUACAAAGUGACGUAUACAACUUUAGACUCUGACCGUUCAAACACGUUCGACCCAGUCCUGGACAACGAUACGGAGUUCAACGCGAACCAGUUCAAAUUGUUCGAUGACUUCACGACGGAUCUCAGGAUAAGCUUCAACCCGAUAAGGAAUUACCAUGAGAUCACUGAUGUGCGGAGGAGGAGAGGUGAUCCGAACGAUUCUGGAGUAGAUAUGGAGAAUGGCAAUGAUAGCGCUGUGACCAAUGAUUGCGAUUUGUUGGAGAACGAAGUUAUGGUAGAUCCUUGGAGCAGCAUGGACUCUUCGAAUUCGCCGCUAACUGACUCCGGACCCUCCGCCAGCGAAGACUGCACCCCUUCCACUUCAAGCGAACCCCCCCGCGGGCCUCUAGACCUGUCUUCCCCGCUCUCGCCCGAAGCACGCCGCAAUUCUAACCCAAAAGAUGCCAAACCCACACAUAGUAAAACUCCGAAAUCGGACAAAGCGCGCUCUCGGGACUUGACUCUUGACUUGGAGACACUAGAGCCCGAUCGACUCCCACGCCGACCGCAUUUCCUAGACGAAGACUACCAGCCGCCGUCCAGAUCAAACAUCGAAUGUCGAAUUCCUAAACCACACUUCUUAGAUCAUUCCCCGUCACCGGAUGAGUUUGACGAGCGAAGCGACAUCACAAAUCCUAAUUUUCUGGACGACGAGGUGGAUGGCGAUGAUAAUACACAAAAGAAAGCAGGAGCGCUCCCGAAAAGGCCACAAAAGAAUCCACCGGCGUCUUAUUUAGUACAAGAUGACCGACACAGAACAAGUUACCGAAGCGCUCUACACUAUGGCCUAGAAAAUGCGGCGAGAUCCAGCGAACGCGACAAGCGGGCUUCCCAACUGUAUCGAGGGACUUGGCCCGGGGAAUGGUCCGGGCAGGACUGCGCCAGCGUUCGUAGUUUCUCCAGCAAUGGGUCUGCCGAAGGCGGAAGGCCGUCAUCCAAUUUAGAGAACAAAAUGGAAUGUGUCUAUUCGCUCAUUUCGCUGUUGAGUUUAUCGCCGGAGAACAAUGCGGAUCUGAGUGGGCCCUUGUUGGAAAUGAGCCGUUCGGUGGAGAGUUGUAUCGCGAUGAGACAAUCUGGUUGCAUACCUCUAUUGGUGCAGUUGAUUCAUUCGAAGGUGCCAAGGGAAACGCGAGAUCGGGCGGCGAAGGCGCUUCGUAAUAUAAUUCUAACGCAGACUGAUGAUAAAGCAGGAAGGAGAGAAGCCAGGGUGUGGAGACUGUUGGAGCAAGUUAGAGAAUAUUGUUAUGUAUUAGAACAAGUAGUGGAAAUGAGAAAGGAAGGAAAGGAGGCGGUAGAAGACGAUGCGACCAAGCAUCCUAGCCAGAGUGUGGCUGCGCUCAUGAAGUUGUCAUUUGAUGAAGAACACAGGCACGUAGUCUGCCAACUAGGCGGCUUGCAAGCCUUGGCAGCCCUCGUAAGCGGCGACCAAGCGGCACACGGCAGCGGCACAGACGACAAUACCUGCUUGACCAUGAGGAAGUACGCGGGCAUGACUCUCACCAACUUGACCUUCGGAGACGGCAACAACAAAUCCCUGCUGUGCUCCUUCAAGGAUUUCAUGCUGGCGCUGGUCGAGCAGUUGGAGUCGCCCAAUGAUGACAUGCGGCAGGUAACAGCGGCCGUGCUUAGAAAUCUGUCAUGGCGGGCAGACCCUAAUAGCAAACAGGUAUUGAGAGAAGUUGGCGCCGUAAAAGGUCUCACCAAAGCGGCGAUGACCUGUCAAAAAGAGGCGACAUUAAAAUCAGUACUGUCUGCCUUAUGGAACCUAACCGCCCACUGCUCCAUGAACAAAGUAGCACUGUGCUCCGUCGAUGGGGCCCUGGGCUUCCUCGUAGACAUGUUGAGCUACGACUCGCCAACAAAAACCCUGGCGAUAGUAGAAAACGCCGGUGGUAUAAUGAGAAACGUCUCCAGCCAUAUAGCCGUCCGGGAAGAUUACAGACAAAUUCUCCGCGAGAGAAAUUGCUUGAGUGUCUUACUGCAGCAUUUGAAGUCACCGAGCUUGACGGUUGUAAGCAACUCCUGCGGGACCCUCUGGAACUUAUCGGCGAGAUGCCCGCAGGAUCAGGAAUUCCUCUGGGAUCAUGGUGCCGUGCCAAUGCUCAGAAGCUUGAUCCAUUCUAAGCACAAAAUGAUAGCUAUGGGCUCUAGCGCUGCUCUCAAGAACCUGUUAAAUUCAAAACCUGGAAAGACGCAUAUAAUAUCCCUUGAUACGACAGCGAGAAGCAUGAAUUUGCCAGCGUUGCCUACUUUAGGAGCGCGGAAACAGAAGGCUCUGGAACAGGAAUUGGAUCAAAAUCUGGCUGAAACUUGCGACAAUAUAGAACCGGUUACGUCUCCUACGACAAGUAACAGGGAAGAGAAGAAUCUUUUCACAGCCACGGAAAGACAGAUGGCUUUGAAUUUGGAACGACACAGGAUGACGUCGAGUUCGCCGUUGAUGGGGACUCUGACGUCACAGAUAUCUCUGAGCCACAGCGCACAUUUAGCGAGCUAUCUAAGCUGCAGUAAUACUCUUCUGAAAGGUGCUUUAGUGUCACGCUCUUCUGGUGGUAGCUCCGGAAACGUGAACAGAUCCGACAGUAAAGAUUCCGUGACGAGCACCCACUCUGAUUCAGUGUUUGAGAGAGUCACGAGGCCCGGCAAGGUGCCUGUGCCGACGCCCAGAAACAAAGACUUGAUGAAGUCUGACAAAACCAGUGAAGUGUACAAAAUGAGUACGAAGCCGUUAGCUAAGGACGGACCAUUCACUCGGUACCCGACUCAACCGCCGAUUCCACCUCCAAGAAGCACAACAGAUUUGAGAACUAAUUAUACAGAAUCUGGUUACGACGUCGACCAAGAUUCUUGUGACCAGCCAGUAGACUACAGUAGAAAAUACACGGAGGCAAAGACCAGUGAAGCGGAUAAUCUAGAAAAGCCAAAACCAUCGGAUUCCACUAAAAAGUACUCGAAGAAGGAGAGUCCUAGUAGCUACGGUGAUUACCAAGAGACUGAUUUAGACCAACCAACGGAUUACUCGUUGCGUUACGCGGAGCACCAAUCAGAGACCGGAUCGGAUUUGUCAGAGCCGCCUGGUCCGUCUGACACAAUCAAACUCUUCGCAACUGAAGGCACUCCUUACGAAACACCCGUAAUAUUUUCAACAGCCACUUCGAUGUCCGAUUUGCGCGUUAUAGGGAAGGAAAAGAAGAAUGCGCCUCACGCCAAAGAGCAUCCAGAAGUUAUGACUCAUUCGGAUGAAAAAGAUACGUGUUCCAUAGAAGAUCCGCCAAGACACGACAACGAUAUGGCGGCUACUACCCCCCAAGCGGUUGCAAGGUCUGAAAGUGAAAAGCGGGAGGUGUUUGAUACUAAAUUCAGUUCAGGAAUGAUAAGUCCGGAGAAGCCGGUGAACUACUGCGAGGAAGGUACCCCGGGGUAUUUCUCCAGAGUGAGCUCGCUGAGUAGCGUGGGGGAGCCGACUGAGGAAGACAACUUGGCGAAGAAGAACGCCAUGGCGACCAUCAAUGUGGAACCGGGCCCUGAGGAGCCUUGUACGCCGGGCAAUGCUAAGGAUAAAGAAGGCUCAAAAGCAGUAACUUUCGCAACGGACACUUUACCACACGAACAUGCACCAGAAGAAUCAGGCGUCACGUCUCCUCAGCGGUUCAUAGAAGACACCCCCCUGAUGUUCUCCAGGUCCAGCUCCCUGGGCUCACUGCCGGAGUGCUCCCAGCAGGACGACCAGGGUUCUGUGGUGUCAGAGUUCAGCCGACUGCCGUCGGGCUGCCUGUCGCCGUGCGAGCUGCCCGCGUCGCGGCCCGCCGCCACGCCGCCGCACGACGAAAACGAAUGCGAACCAUCGGUGUUCGAAGAGCGUCCGUCUCGUUUCGUGGUGGAACACACUCCUGCGCAGUUCUCGUCGGCCACAAGUCUAAGCAGCCUUACCAUCGAUGACGAGCCUAGGCAAUCCAUUAAACUGGCAAGCAAGAUACCGCAGGGAACGCUGCCUGUCAAUAACGAAGCAGCCAGUGACAACCGACAACAGAAUAUGGACAGAGAUCCGGCUCUACCACCAGUGCAAAAUGAAGCGACUAACGCAGUAUUCAAAGGCACUCAUACACCAAGCGACGUGUGCAAAAUAUACUUCACCGAAGACACGCCCGCCAUUUUAUCAAAAGCCGGCAGCAACUCCAACUUAUCCGUACUGUCUAUAGAAUCCGCCCCGGUGUUGCCCAAGAUCGAACCUGUACCCCUUCAGGACCAAGACAGUUCCGAUAGCUCAAAUUUGAGCGACGCGGGAGAUUUGCUAGAAGAAUGCAUCCAGAAAGGGAUUGCUAAGGUGGUGAAGAACAAAGGGCCGCCUUCAGACGCGUCUUCCGCCAACCAAUUCAGUACGAGAGAUGAUAACGUUUACCGUUCCUUGCCACCGUAUCUGCGUUCGUCCACAGAGACCGUCAAGAUGUCAAAUGAGUUUGGAAGGAAUGUGCGAGAUAGAUCGUGUGGGUCGCCGCCGCCAUUACCGCCAAAGAGUAGCGUCAGCAGCGCGCCGCCGCGCCCGCCGCCGCACGGUCGAAGACAAGACAGCCGUUUACCAAUAAAAACUCAAAACACGAGAGAGAAACCAGAACACCCUACCACCACCAAUCUGGCCCGGAACGAGUCACAAAGCUCCCUCAGCCUGGACUCCUUCGGCUCCACCGACCGGGAGAUCUUCGAGGAGACCGUCAAAGCGGGACUCUCGAGCGUCAACCCUAGAGCUAAGUACACUUUAGAGAGCAACAAAAACAAAGCGCACUCAGUAGAGAGACCUACUGAACAUUCUAGACAUCAUAGACAACACAAAUCUUUGGAUAGAAGCGACAAAAUUGCCCAACACAGACCUAAAAUCAAAGACCCGGAGUUCGAACGAAAUUUAGCCUCCGGCGCGUAUAAUCUGAAAUCUUCAAACAAAAUGAAGCGUUUAGAACAAGAAUUUAGCAGUUUAACGCUGUCGAGAUCGCCAUAUUCGUAUCACGGCGACGCAACUUCGUCUUCGGCACAUCAUUCGCGCAAGAAUUAUUUGAGAUACGACGACGGCCCUCCGAGCUUGCCAGCGAGGAUAGACGAACCGCGUCGGUUGUUAGAACGAAGCAAUUCCUUGAGCUCUUUAAGCAACGACUCGUUUGGCUCGACGGACAAAGAAGUUUUCGAACGUACCGUCCGUAUGGGUAUGUCUAAGCCGCAGCCGAAAAAGCGGGACGAGAAACCUCGCGGGCGAACCGAGGAGCGUCGAAGUAGGAAGUCCAGCCAGGGGGCCUUGGACAGGAUGACGGGCGAGGAGUACUGCCGGGAGCGGGCCAUCCUGGAGGAGGUGAUAGCGCGCGGCGCCGCGGCGGCAAAAAACGUCCCGGCGUCGUCUGCGGCCGGAGUGCGCGCAGGCGACGCAAGCGGCAACACAAGCUACACUGGCUCUGAACAUGAUUCAGCUCUACACGAACUAAACGACACGGUAGAAUCCAUACCACAGGAUGUGACGAACGAAUCUGUGGAUGAUCAACAAAAUGAGUCUAUAUUUGAUCGGUCGAAUGAGCUGCCGACAGUCGAUUCGGGUAAUACGACGCUCGAAUCGAACGAUGCGGUCGAAAUGGAUCGAUCCAAUGAAUGUCUCGCGCCGAAAUCUUUGAAUACCACUCUAGAGUCUGAAACUCGUGACGAGUUGAACAGAUCAAAUGAAUCUUACGCAGAUGUUAUGGACGGAUCCUGGAGUGAUGUAGAUUCGCCGCCUAAGAAUUAUGAUGUGGCGACGCUCACUAGAAAGAAUAAAAAUAAACUUGAAUAUACAGAUAUAAAAUAUACUCCGACAGAUUUGAAAUGCACAGACAAAUACGAUGAUAUAUCGAGAAUAAGUACGGACACGUGGAACGAUAAUACUUGUCCCGAUGACGUCACGUUUCCUACUUUUAGCGGAUCGGUACAUCUAGUUUCGUCUAUUCGCAGCGAAAUAGCUGAUCCGUCAUCGGCAUUGCCUGAUCUUUUAGAAAAAAGCGAGGGCACCAACAUGUUUUUACGCCCAGACUUGACCAACAAACUCGAAGGGCCGAGCCAUUCAGAACUGACGGAUGAGAAGUUAGAUGAUAGAAUGUUAGAUAGUGUCGCUGAACCUAGUUUUACGUCACUAGUUGAUGAUGCAGAGCACAAAUUUGACUCUAUUUUAUCAUCAGCUAUAGAAAAAGAAGCCGCCCGUUUAGCCGCUCAGUUAAAAUCUUCACAAUACGCCAUGGAAAACAGCGUAACGUCCCUUACCUCUUUAGACUUGGACAACGUAAGACCACCUUCGAACUUGGGUAGCUUAUUAUCUCUUAGUGCAUCAGGGCAAUGGGACGAAUCUUCCGCCCAAAUAUCGAAAAAAUCUCAACGCAGUCGUAAGAAAUCUUUGCCUGUUGCCCUAAUGGUCAAAAGGGCAUUAAGUAACUCCAUGCACCAAGGCAGUUCAGAGCAUUUAGAUAGCAACCCCGUCAGUUUCCUAGAGAACGUCAAACCUCCUUCGGAAAUGGAACACUUGGACAUGGAAAGCAGUAUGGUGUCUGUGUCCAGUAUUGUAUCAGAAGUUGAAGAGAUCAGAGAAAGAAUCCCAGUGGUAUUUGAUUUCAAACAACCUGUGCAAGAAUUGCCCAUGUGCAUGAACAUCAAUACAGUUUUCCAAGAUUUAGAUAAAGUUAAUCCACCAUCGUUGUUUGAUGAAAUGGCUGAAUCUACAUUAGAAAUUGAGCAGACGACCGCGCAUGAAGUGUUUGAUGAUUGCGUGUCGAAUACAUUAAAUAUCAUUACUGAUAUUCCGUCAGGUUCUGAAAAUGGCACGCCACUACCUUCUGACCUCAGCAGUGUUGAAUCUACCCCGAAAAGACGACGUGAUCCAAAGUAUUUGACGCCCAAAGAAAAGAGGCAUGUGUCUAAAGAUAGAUAUCAAACUUACACCAUAACAGAUAGUGUCACUGAAAACGAUGUUGUUCUAGAAGUCGAAGAAGAAUUCAUGACGUGGACUAAAUCAGAAAGCGAUCGAUCUGAUGACUAUGUCACAGCCACUUCAGAGCCUAAAUUGAAACGAAAAUUGAGCGCUAAACAAAGGCGGCUAGAAGACAGAGCUAGGUACCAAACUCAAACCGUCGAUAUCAAUAAUGUACUCGCAGAACCACAGCCUAAACCCGACGCGAGUAUAGAAAGUUUGAGACAGCGCUUAGCUGCAAAGAAAACUAUGAAGCAGAAGCGGAUCGAGGACGCAGAAAGAUUCAGGACUAGAACUCUAAGCGAAGACAUCCCGCCAUCACCAACAUUCGUCACUAGAGACGCUAAUUUCGAAAACGUCGAAACCACAACUGGUUAUGACAGUCUUUCCUCGAAUGAUCUCAAUCAUCAACAAAUACUUGAUGACAAAAUUAAUGACGACGUCUUUCCAAGAGACGUAGACAGCGGGCACAAUGACGACGAUAGCGAAUUGAAUUCCGCUCAGAUGCAAACCUACACGAAAAGCUUCAGAAAUUACCUACCUGUCAUUGAAAGUCCUGCUGCGGUAGACUUUUGUGUCGUCAACAAUUUGAAAAAUAUAGAAAUGACAGCUUCAUAUAGAAGGAAUUUGCAAAGUGAUAAAAAUCAAAAUCCUAGUAGCAGCGACUUCGCGAGCUACGAAGGUGAUAGUAAUUCAGAAGAUAGGGUUCAUUCAGAAUCUGAUCCUGACACUCCUAGACCUAAACCUAAGAUUAUAAAACCGAUGCGACGAGAUGAAAGUCUAGACAGCAACGACUCGUUAGACAAAGAGUCUGAAGCGCCAAAAGCUAUUCGAGGGCGAAAGAAGGCUAUGUACGUGUCUCCUUAUAGACGAACCGCGCCACCACCUAAAAAGCCAACACCUGUUACUAAAACAAUUACGAAAACAGUCGCUCAUACAUCGAAAGGGCCAACUAGCCCCAUAAAGGCUCACACGAGUGCCAAAACCCCAAACAAGACUCCCGUAGCGUCGAAGGCUCCCAGUGCUAAUACAUCGCCUAAGAAAUCUUUAGCCAACAGGUCUCCUACAAAAACUGCACAACAAAAAUCUAUCGCGGUACCUCUCGGAGCUAAGCCUUUACCAUUAGAAAGACAAGGCACGUUUACUAAAGAAGAGAGCACUGUACCGCCUAAAGACUUACCUGUGCCCGAUAGAAAAGGCAGCGUUCCAAGGCUGGGGAAGCCCACAUCUCCGACCAAACCUGCCAACACGUCACCCUCUCGAUUACCGCAGUUCAGCAGGUAUUCCCGCCCCACGGCUCCUAAAGCCGGACAGUCCAAAACAUUAGGAAAAACCCCACAUAAAAAGCCUGAACCAGCAAUGAAGAAUUCUCCUUCGAAUCACAGUCUGCAAAGCAACGAGAGCGGCAAGACUGUAACACUGGCCUCGAGAGGCUCCCGACAGGGUUCGACUUCGAGCGUCAACUCUGUCCAGUCUUCCAAAACGAAGGACGUUGAGAGCAAAAUAGCUAAUCUGUGGAAAAAAGUUGAACAAGCUAAAAAACAACCGACCAAGCCAGAUAAAAGAGUGUGGAUCGAAAGCGACAAGACAGAGCCUCCCAAACUCAUCAGGAGUUCCACUUUCGAAGGUCAGCCGAAGCAAAGUCAGAUGCCGACCGCGCCUAAGCAAAAGUCUGCGAUAGGGAUCCGAGUAUCACAAAUACCUAGUUUAAGGCCCAAAUCCACACCGGCCCGCAGCGCGCCGUCUACGACCAAAAAACCGACGAAUUCUAGAACUUUCUCUAGGAAGCCAGUAACGUAAGUGACUUAUAACUGUAGCGAACAAAUUUAACCCUCUAAAUAAGCUGAGAAGGCGAGUGGAAUGACUUGAUUUCGGUCAAUUAGGUAGAAUUGAUCUAUGUUGAUUAUUCGCACGGGAUAGUGUUGAUUUUUCAAUCGGGUUAAAAAUAUACUAACUAGAUAUUAAAUGUUAUUAUGUAUUUAUUUUAUGAAAGUAUAUGAAGGAAUCAUGUUUAUUUUCGAAACUAAAUGAGUGAAAGAAAAGUAGUGAUUAUGAUUUGAUGUAUUUUGUUUUGUACACUUUUUUGCAUUUAUUCCCGAGAAAAUGGAUGAUAUUGAUUGUAAUACUUAAGGAUAAGUAAUUUUGAAAGACAAAAACUGGCGUAUUUUAUUAUUAUUUUUUUGUAACCAAAAUCGUGUAAUGAGAUGUUAACUAUUAAAUGUUUUACGUGGGCGUGACUUCAAUACUUGUAUGUUCAAUGUAUUCAUUCUGUAUAGACUAUUAUUUUAUGAAAAUAAAUAAAUUCCGAUUAAUUCAAAUGGCGAAAUAAACAAUAAUCUUCUCACAGUAAUAUAUUCAUAAACAUUCAGGUUUUAGGCCAAAAUGUAUUUACCAACGACACCAAGCAGUUGUGCUAACCGUUUUAUUUGUAGUCAAGAAAAGUACAUGACUUUUGUUGCUAUAAAUAACAAAAUGGCGGCGCAAUAUGGCCGUUUGUAAAUAAAUAUCAUCGAGAAUAGCGUGUAAGUUUUACCAUAAUACAGUUUGUAUAUUUUUCAUAUAACUAUGAUAACGUCGCUUCAUAUAGUAUGCACUCAUCGUGUGAGGGGUAAUUUUUUUACGUCUAGUCAGUUACGUUAAGCGGGUUAGUUUUAAAAAGAACGUGAUUUGAAACAAUGAAUCGUACCGGACGGCAGUGCAGUCAACUGUAGGUUCACCUGGCUUCCUUUUUCUCGUCAGAAAUAUCGGAUUUCUGACGAGAAACGUAGUGGAUGUUUUUAUGUUUUUUUUUGUAAUACAAUUGUUUGUAUUUCAUAUUUCGUGGCAUAUGUAUUGCCGUAGGUAAUUCUAGUAAAUAAAGUUGGUGCGUAUCCUGUAAGCGGGAUAUACACUAGUAACAAUUCCAUGUUAUAAGUUGGUAAUUUAUAGAAAUAGGAUCGCUUCUGACAAUAUUUAAUUAAUAUCUGAUACUGGAAUCACUAAAGGUCCCCCCCCCCCCCCCCCCCACAUGCCACCGUGUGUAGAAAUGGCCAUCUUUUCGUAUAAAUUGCAAGCCAGUUCAAGUUUUAUUUUAGAUUUAAGAAGCGUAACUUGGUAAUAAAUAAUGCAUACCGUAUAA